GCGACUUGGCCACUACCAGAUUUGGCCACUAGUCGCAAGGUGACAACAUCACACGAAAAAAUCCCCAACUCCUUUCCUUCUUGGCUACGACUAGUACAAGAAAACCAACAGAAAUGUCGGACGUCGAAGUCGAUGACACUCCCGUGGCCCCGCCGGCGACCGGUGGCGCGAUGGACGUCAACCAAGCCCUCCAAGAAGUCCUAAAGACUGCGAUGAUCCACGACGGGAUUGUGCACGGGCUCCAUGAAGCCGCCAAAGCCUUGGAUAAAAGACAGGCGGUACUGUGCGUUCUCGCCGAGAACUGUGACGAACCCAUGUACAAAAAACUCGUGUCYGCGCUGUGCUCCGAACACAAUAUUCCCCUGAUCAAAGUCGAUAAUAACAAGAAAUUGGGCGAGUGGUCAGGACUGUGCAAAAUCGACAACACGGGAAAAGCGAGGAAGGUUGUUGGGUGCUCUUGCGUCGUCAUUAGGGAUUACGGCGAGGAAUCACCGGCACUAGAUGUUCUUAAAGAAUACCUUAAGAACGCUAAGUAAUUGUUUAUUUUAUAAAAAUAAAAUUUCAUAAAAA